AUGUCUGAAAAUCGUGUCAAACAUGGAGAUUCCAGGACAAUGAACUUUGCUGCAAAGGACUUGCCGAAAGAUGUUUCCUUGUGUUUGAUGUUCACUCCAAUAGCAGAAGGAGAGUUGUCAAAAGAUAUGUUACCUAACUGUUGGAAAGUGUUGAAAUUAAAAGCUGGGAUAACAGCCGGGGAAAACCAGAACGCAAAAGUUGUGUACACUGCAGAUACUGGACUAUUGGUACCACAGGUCGAUAGUGGGAGCGUGAUAUCUUCUGGAAUCGCCCGUCGGUGUCAGACAGGAGAGCGCUGCGAGCUAAAGACUGACGAACACGGCGAUAACUACCUUGAAGCUGCUGGAAAAGGAACGAAGGAUGUGAUACAGUGUAAAGUGGACACUGAAUACCCUGCAUCGGUUGCAUUUGGUAUCUUUAACACGGAGGGAACGAAGCUCGACCCAUUCUGCACAUGGAAAGAUGUCGCUAAAGGGAAUAAUCUAUCCAUUAAGGUCGAUCCAACUCUCAAGAUAUAUGCAUUGAGUGACUACAAAAGUACGCGGGUGGUAACGUCUGACCUCCAAAAUGACGCAUUGAUCGAGCAAAAUAUUUUCCAUCUUCCUCCGCAAUCAGAGUUUAAGGUCUCUGUGGACCAUAACAGCCAUGCCAUAAAGGUCGAAAAGGUGAACAAGUGGUAG